UUCCUUUGCUCAUGGUUGGCAUGUUACUAUUUGGGGGAAGGAGCAAUCUAGAAUUACUCCAAUAUAGUUUUCCUAAGUUACUCUCAGAAAGCUGGCACUGAAAGACUGAAGAGAAUUUAUUUUUUUUCUUUGCAGAAAUUUGGUGUCAUCUGAGUUAAAAGAAGAAUUUAUGGAUUCUUAAGUUAGAAGGACCAAGAAAAUCUCUACCAUUUAUCUGGAAAGGCCAGGAAGAGCAGGCAUUCAUUCCUGGGUUGUUGCUGCCAUGGAGGAAAGAACUGGCAGGGCUCCAGCGUAUACCCGGGACUCAGCCACUAGUCCUACUGCUGACCAGAGCUUCAACUUUUAUCACAUGGAUCUCUAUGACUCUGAAGACAGACUGAAAAUCUUUCCAGAAGAAAAAAUUCAAAUGAGAGGAGAAGUCCUGAAAGAACCAAAGAGAGGUGAGAGGACCCCAGAAUUAAGUAUGGCCGCCCAUGAUCAAAAGGAAGUAGAAGAACUGGCCAGUUAUUAUGGAGUUGAAGAUGAUAAGGAGCUGGAGGGUGAGAUUGAAGUAGGGAGUGUGCUCCGGUCUGGGGGUUCAGAUUACCAGUCAGCAACUUCUUCCCUCAGACCCCAUAUAGUUCCAAAGAGGAGAGAACCAGGGAGAGAAGAGAAAGACUGGCAAUAUCUGGGGGAAGCAGAAGAUGAAGAGGAUGACGGAUUCCCCACCUGGGGCUCUCGAGGUCACUACCAGGAAUUGAGGGAAGCCUACAGGUACACUCGGGGCCGUUCCAGUGAGGAAUAUGAGUGCUAUGUCAUCCCAGAAGAAGAGGAUGAAGAAGAAGCCCCCGAUGUUUUCUGUGUCACCUGCAAAAUUCCAAUCAGAGCUUUUGACAAUCUUUUUGGUGAGCACAAGGAUCAUGAAGUGACCCAGCUUAACACCGCAGCAGAAAAUGCCCGGGAGGAAAUUCAUAAAAACAUGUUCAAAUUGGAAGAGCAGAUUAUUCAAAUGGAAAACUUUGCAAGUCAUUUGGAGGAAGUUUUCAUUACCGUAGAGGAGAAUUUUGGAAGACAGGAGCAGAACUUUGAGUUGCAUUAUAAUGAGAUCUUGGAAAUUCUUGCUCAGAAAUAUGAAGAAAAAAUGCAAGCUUUAGGGGAAAAGAAGAGAGAGAAAAUAGAAGCAUUGUAUGAACAGUUGGUCAAUUGUGGUGAAAAUCUUGACACUUGUAAGGAACUGAUGGAAACAAUUGAAGAGAUCUGCCAUGAGGAGAAGCUUGAAUUCAUAAAGGAUGCAGUAACUAUGGCUGACAGACUCGGAGAAUUCCUGAAAACCAAAACAGAUGUAGAACUUUCUGCACAUCCAGAUUUUGAAGACCAAACCAUCGAUUUCUCUGACAUCGAGCAGCUGAUGGAUUCUAUUAAUGCCAUUCCAGCUCCUUGUGCUCCAGUGAUCAAUACACAGACACCUAACUCAGCUACUGGGACAUCAGUUAAAGUGUGCUGGAGUCUAUUCUCUGAUGACACUGUAGAAAGUUACCAGCUGUCUUAUAAACCUGUCAGUGAUGGUGCACCAAGUGAGGAGCAAAAAGCAUUUUCAGUGAAUGUCAAAGAAUCACAUUACUCUGUGACUGACCUUGUGCCUAAUACCCAAUAUGAAUUUUGGGUCACAGCUUCGAAUAGCACUGGCAUCAGCCCACCAAGUGAACGAGCAGUGUACGUGACAGCUCCUUCACCUCCCAUUAUCAAAAGCAAAGAGAUCCUAAGCUGUGAACAUGCUGCCUUGGUGCGCUGGGAAUCUGGAAACAUGAAUCCUGUGGACUCCUACACUAUUGAACUGUCUAAAGUAGACAAUGAAGAACCUGGGAAUGUUGUUACAGAGUCUAUAGUAGGAAUCCCUACCUGUGAAUCUCUAAUUCAGCUGCAACCUGGAGAAAGCUAUCUAGUCUAUGUAAGAGCCAUCAAUGUGGGAGGCCCUAGUGAAAGAAGUGAGCCUGCUACUAUCCACACUACAGGUACCUACUUCUACCUUAACAAGGACACCAAUCAUCCUUUGCUGUCCAUUUCAGAAGAUGGGUUUACAAUUGUGCGCAGUAAAGGAAAAAACUCGGCAAGUGAGCCCUGUGAUAGUGACACCAGAUUUACAAGAUGUGUUGCUGUUAUGGGAAGCCUGAUACCUAUUAAAGGACGGCAUUACUGGGAGGUGGAGGUUGAUGAACAGAUGGACUACAAAGUUGGUGUGGCAUUUGAAGAUAUCAACAGAAGAGGGGACCUUGGGGCAGACAGCUCUUCCUGGUGCAUGAGUCAUACUUAUAUAUCAUCAAGGCAUAAAUAUGAAUUUCUGCACAACGGGGUUACUCCAGAGAUCCAGAUUACAGUUCCCCCAAAGAAGAUUGGAAUCCUACUUGACUAUGACAGCUCUAGAUUAUCUUUUUUUAAUGUGGAUAUUGCACAACAUCUUUAUACAUUCGGCUAUCCGCUGCAACAUUUUGUGCAACCCUGUUUUUCUUUAGAAAAGCCUGGAUUGUUAAAAGUUUGUAAUGGAAUUUCAAUGCCAAAGUUUGUCACACUCUUCUAGACCAGAAUGGUGUCUAACAGUGGGCUUAAUUCUAGGAUUAAAAAAGUGAAGUUGACAAAAAAUGCUCCUUGAUGUGUCCUCCCCCCAAUUUCCCCUUUUGUAUUCCCCCCCCCAUCUUUGCUUCUUGGCCUUCACCCCCAAAACAAGUACAGAUGCACUUAUGCUGGUCAGGCCUCUGUAGUAAGAUGGAAUAAAAGAAUCAGAUAUAACCAUUUCUGUUAAAGUUUUGAAAAAAUUAUGCAAACAUUACUCAUAAAGUUAAAGCUGGAAAGGAUCUUGGGGGAAACUGAUGGCUACAGAAGUAGUGACUUCUCUAAGGUAACACAGACUUCUUCCAGGA